ACUUAAUGAGGUGUCUCUAGUGCUUUAGGGUUGUUAAAAAUUUUAUGAAGUGUUCCACUGAAGAUGAGGUUCAAGGACUUGGCUUUUAUCAUAUUAAUCAUCUCAGGAGAACUCUAUGCAGAAGAGAAACCCUGUGGUCUUCCUAGUGUGGAAAAUGGAAGGAUUGCCCAGUACUACUAUACUUUUAAAAAUUUCUACUUUCCAAUGAGAACAGAUCAAAAAUUGUCCUUUUUCUGCUUGGCUGGCUACACAACUGAAACUGGGAAACAAGACGAGCAAACCAGAUGCACAGCAGAAGGCUGGUCCCCUCAACCAAAGUGCUACAAAAAAUGCACUAAGCCUGACCUGACAAAUGCUUAUGUUUCUGAUGUAAAAUUAUUAUACAAAUUUCAAGAGAAGCUGCGUUAUGGCUGUGCGCCAGGUUAUAAAACCACUGGAGGGAAGGCUGAGGAAGAGGUUCAGUGUCUCGCCGAUGGAUGGUCUUCUCAACCAGCCUGUAGGAAGGAACAGGAAACAUGUUUGGCCCCUGAAUUAUACAAUGGAAAUUAUUCCACAACACAGAGAUCAUUCAAAGUGAAAGACAAGGUACACUAUGAAUGUGCAACUGGCUACUACACAGCCGGAGGGAGGAAGGCGGAGGAGGUGGAAUGUCUCACACAUGGAUGGGCCCUCACACCAACGUGUACCAAGUUAAAGUGUUCUUCUUUAAGAUUAAUAGAGAAUGGUUAUUUUCACCCUGUAAAGCAAACCUAUGAAGAAGGAGAUGUAGUUCAAUUUUUCUGUCAUGAUAAUUAUUAUUUAAGUGGAUCUGACUUAAUUCAGUGCUACAGUUUUGGUUGGUACCCAGAAUCUCCUGUUUGUGAAGGAAAAAGAAAUCGAUGUCCUCCUCCACCUUUGCCUCUGAAUUCCAAAGUUCAAACAUAUUUGACAACUUAUCGUCAUGGAGAAAUAGUUCGUAUAGAAUGUGAGCUCAAUUUUGAGAUCCAGGGGUCAGAAGAAGUACGCUGUGAAAAUGGGAAAUGGACAGAACCUCCCAAAUGCAUUGAAGAAAAGGAGAAGGUAGCCUGUGAGGACCCGCCUUCCAUCCAGAAUGGUGCCGCAAACCCCGCCUCCCGGGUCUAUUACAGUGGGGAUAAAGUGACGUACAGAUGUGAGAGCGGCUACCAGCUCCGAGGGUCAGACGAGAUCACCUGUAACCGCGGAAAGUGGCCCCGCCCCCCCGAGUGCGUCGAAAAUAAUGAGAAUUGUAAGCCUCCACCUGAUGUAAUAAAUGGGGCUGUUCUGAAUGGAGUAUUGGAAAGCUAUGUGACCGGAUCCUCGGUGGAGUACAGAUGCAAUGAGUAUUACUUACUGAAGGGACCUCACAUAUCUUAUUGUGAGCAAGGAAAAUGGUCAUCCCCACCCGUGUGCUUGGCAUUCUGUUUUUCAGAGCCAUGCACAGUUAAUGUGGAUGACAUGAGCAGAAACAACAUAGAGAUGAAGUGGAAGUAUGAAGGGAAGGUCUUACAUGGAGACUUAAUCGAUUUUGUAUGUAAGCAGGGAUAUGACUUGUCCCCAUCAACCCCACCGUCGGCAUUAUCUGUGAAGUGUGAUAGAGGAGAAGUGAAAUAUCCUUUGUGUAUUCAAAAAGAAUCUAAAGGAAUGUGUUCAUUUCCUCCACUUAUUAAAAAUGGAGUCAUCCUUAGUGCAACAGCUGGCACCUAUGAAAACGGUUCCUCCAUAGAAUACAGAUGUCUUGAUCACCAUUUCCUGCAAGGCUCUAAGGAGACCUUCUGUUUAGACGGAGUGUGGACUACACCCCCAUCGUGUUUAGAGCCCUGCGUGCUAUCUUUUGCUGAAAUGGAAAAGAAUAAUUUGCUCCUAAAAUGGAAUUUUGAUAAUAGACCACAUAUUUUCCAUGGAGAAUAUAUUGAGUUUCUUUGUAGGAGAAAUACUUAUAUCACUGAGUCAUCCACUAUUAGAUCUGAAUUUAGAGUCCAAUGUGACAGAGGGCAGUUGAAAUACCCAACCUGUGUUCAAAGAGAAAGAUUACUAUUCCAUUAUGUGUCUAUAACAAAACUGGCUAAACAUGUACUAGUCGCUGGCCACUUGGGAUUAUUCCAGAGUUCGACUAUUUCGAAGAAAGCUUCCAAGAAUAUUUGCAUAGAAGCCUUUUUAUUUCUUUAGAUUUUUGCCAUAGUGUACAUGCACUCACCAGAAAGAGACAGAGAGA